UAUUCAUUACGUUGUUGUUAGUUACAGUGGAUGCCGCUCGACGUGCCCCAGCGGACCCGUCGCCGCGGCAUCGCUCCAUCUUAUAUUCAACGCACGCAAGCGAAGAUGAUGCUGUGCAAACAACUGGAAUGUAUGGUAAAUCGACUCGACGGGAGCAAUUAUCGCGGCAGCAAAGCACUUCAGUGGAAGGCCAAAUGAUGUCCAGCUCUGCUGCACCAGAAGAGCAGCCAGUGAAACCCACCGGCGGCAUGGACUCCAUGGAUCGAGCUCGGCCCUGGCUGGACCGGGUUCCUGUGACUGGCGCCAGCACAGGCCCAUGGAGUUCUGGCCGGCGUUCAUCAUUCCCCAGCCGCAACCCCAGUCCCAGCCAUCCCAUCGCUCCUAAUCCUCCCAUAGGGCCGACCGAAACGGCCUCCCUGUUGGGCUUCAGCCCCGACUGGACGUCUAGCUCUGCAUCCCUACCACUGCAGAAGCAUCCGCAGCCGAUGUUGCCGUACACUCCUGCUCACAUGAGCUCGCCGCCACUCCCUUCCUCACCGCCUCCGUCACCUCCGUCGCUGCCGCCACCGCUGCCGCCAUUACCCUCCCCUAGCGACCCCCCUUCGCCUCAACCGUCGCCGUCGUCGCGGUCGCCACCGCCCGAUCGGCACCCAUCGCCUCCAAGCCCCGCGCCGUCGCCGCCCCCAAGCCCCACACCGCCAUACCCUGACCCGCCACUGCCACCCUCACCGCUCCCGCUUUCCCCCCACCCACCGUCACCUCAGCCGAGCCCACUGCCUCCCAGCCCUAGCCCGUUGCCCCCGCCCCCUCCACAUGAUCCUCCGUCGCCGUCGCCUCCCAGCCCGCCGCCGUCGCCCAAACCGCCAUCCCCUCCGCCGUCACCUCCCUCGCCCCUGCCGCCAUCGCCCCCUCCAAGCCCGCCGGCGCCGCCACAAUUGCCGCUUGGGCCGCCCUCAUGGCCAUCGCUGCCUCCGUUGCCACCCGUGACGCCUUCCAGUCCACCAUUGGCGUCGCCACCGCCGCCGCCUGCAAAGUCCAGCCCUCCUUACGGCCUGCCAUUGCUGGCACCGCCUAGCUUACACCCAAGCCAACCUUUGCUACCGUCGCCGCCCCGCACGCUGUCGCCGCCGCCUCCUUUCUCUCCCUCGCCGCCAAGGCAUUCUUCCCCUCCGCCUCCGCCACCUUCGUCGCCACUCUCUCCAUCCCCAUCCUCCAUCUUUCGGUCCUCCGUGGUCAUGGUCAGUAGGUCAUCGCGGCUCGGUGACAGUUACAAUGACCCUACAUCCCCUCCGUCUGCACCCAACCCUUCUCUCCAUCCUCCUCCGCUGCCGCUGCCGCUGCUGCCGCCGCUGCCGCCGCCGCUGCCACCAGCGCCUCCUUCUCCCGGCCCGCCGGGAAGUGUUCAAAUCCUGCAGGCCCCGCCGCCGCCGCUGCCGCCCAGCGGCGGCGGUGUCAUUGUCGUACCGUUACCGCCGCCGCCUGGCACCUCCGUCACCGCUUACGAAGCGGUGAUCACUCUUGGAUCCGCGCUCUACGCCAACACGACGUUGCCGUACGUGGAGGGCGCCGUACUGCAGUUGGAUUGCAACACCCUCACUGCCACGGCGCAUUUCCAGGGCGACUCCCCCUACGCCAGCUGCGACUCGGCGGUGCAGUCCUCCCUGCUGUCCGCGCUG